AUGGCUUCCGCAUCUGUUGUCGCACACACUUUGCCAGUCCUUCCUGAGGGCUGGUCUGCUGAGAAGGAUUUCAAGCCUGUCGGACAGGUUUCGGCUGCCACUCAGCGGAGCCUUGAGCCUGUCGGCCCUCACUUUCUUGCCCACGCUCGCCGUGCCCGCCACAAGCGCACUUUCUCCGAAGAUGACCGUAUUCAAGCUCAAGAAGCCGCCAAGAAGGUUGAAAAUGACGAUGACAGCGACAUCAGCGAGCCCGAAGACCCUAUGAUGUUGCAGCGUGACGCCAAGGACUGGAAGAGCCAAGACCACUAUCAGGUUCUUGGUAUCACUAAGUACCGUUGGAAGGCUACAGAGGACCAGAUUAAGCGUGCCCAUCGCAAGAAGGUCCUCAAGCACCACCCUGACAAGAAGGCCGCCGCCGGCGUUGUUGACGAUGACAACUUCUUCAAAUGCAUUCAGAAGGCGACUGAGGUUCUCUUAGACCCCGUCAAGCGCCGUCAGUAUGAUUCUGUAGAUGAGAAGGCCGACGUCGACCCUCCCACUAAGAAACAGCUUGCAAAGGGCAACUUUUACAAGCUUUGGGGCAAUGUUUUCAAGUCUGAGGCCCGCUUUUCCAAGACUCAGCCUGUACCGUCUUUUGGUGACGACAAGUCUACCAAGGAGGAGGUAGAGGAAUUCUACAACUUUUGGUAUAACUUCGACAGCUGGAGGACAUUCGAGUACCUGGACGAGGAUGUCCCUGAUGACAAUGAGAACCGUGACCAGAAGCGCCAUAUGGAGCGCAAGAACGCCAACGCACGUAAGAAGAAGAAGGCCGAGGACAAUGCUCGUCUUCGUAAGCUGCUCGACGACUGUUCCGCUGGUGAUGAACGUAUCAAGCGCUUCAGGCAGGAGGCUAACGCAGCCAAGAACAAGAAGCGACUGGAGAAGGAGGCGGCUGAGAAGAAGGCCGUUGAGGAUGCACGUCUGAAGAAGGAAACCGAGGAGAAGGCAGCCAAGGAGGCUGAGGAGAAGGCUAAGGCGGACCGCGAAGCAUCGAAAAAGGCUAAGGAGGCGGCCAAGAACGCUGUUAAAAAGAACAAGCGUGUUCUCAAGGGCUCUGUCAAGGACGCUAACUAUUUUGUGGCCGGCGAUGCUUCGGCUGCAACUAUCGACGCUGUUCUUGGCGAUGUUGAGCUUGUUCAGGGCAAAAUUGACGCUGAUGAAAUUGCGGCGUUGGCUGGCAAACUCGGCAGUCUUAAGGUCGCCGAUGACAUCAAGGGUGCCUGGAGCGAAGAGGUCAAGAGACUAAUUGCUGCUGGCAAGCUUAAGGAGGGAGACGCCAAGUCUUUGGUCCAGUAA